UAUUAAAGUCUUGAACGCCGGAAACUGAGCAAAGUUGUUACGAAAACAAACAAACUUAUCUUCACUAGACAGCAAUUAGAUCCCAACUGGUUGGUGAGUCCCAUUGGCAUCUUGACUUUCUUCUUUCUGUAUCUCCGUAGUAGUCGAAUCCUGAAUCUGGUGUGGUUAGACUUGUUCAGAUUGCUUGAUCUCAAUUUUCAGAUUUGAUUUGUUUUCUCCUUUAAAAUUCUCAUUCAUGGGAACUCAUCAAGAAGAUGAUCCAUUGCUGUUAGACGAUCCCCUUUUGGAGAGUGGAAGUAGAGGAGAAUACACAGGUGAUGGAUCGGUUGAUGUUAAAGGGAAUCCCGUGCUCAAACAAAACACAGGAAAUUGGAGAGCAUGCCCAUUUAUACUGGGUACUGAAUGCUGUGAGCGUUUGGCCUACUAUGGGAUUGCAACAAAUCUUGUUACUUAUCUCACCAAAACAUUGCACGAAGGAAAUGUAUCUGCUGCAAGAAAUGUUACUACAUGGCAAGGCACUUGCUACCUUACACCCCUCAUUGGAGCAGUUCUUGCAGAUGCGUAUUGGGGAAGAUACUGGACAAUUGCCGUGUUCUCGACAAUAUACUUCUUAGGAAUGGCUAUGCUAACAAUGUCAGCGGCAGUUCCUGCCUUUAAGCCUCCUCCUUGCGUUGGUACCAUUUGCCCACCUGCAUCUUCUGAACAAUAUGCCAUAUUCUUCUUUGGUCUGUAUCUGAUUGCUUUAGGGACUGGUGGUAUAAAACCUUGUGUCUCAUCCUUUGGGGCUGACCAGUUUGAUGAUAGUGAUCCAUCAGAGAGAGUGAAAAAGGGAUCCUUCUUCAAUUGGUUUUAUUUUUCUAUUAACAUAGGAGCUUUGAUAUCAAGCAGUUUUCUCGUGUGGGUCCAAGACAAUCUUGGGUGGGGCCUAGGGUUUGGCAUUCCAACAUUAUUCAUGGCCCUUGCCAUUGGAAGUUUCUUUUCCGGAACACCGCUCUACAGAUUUCAGAAACCUGGAGGUAGCCCGCUCACAAGGAUGUGUCAGGUUUUGGUUGCAACUUUCCGCAAGUGGAAUGUUGAAGUCCCACAUGACACUUCUCUUUUAUAUGAGCUGCAGGAAGGCUCUGCCAUCGAAGGGAGUCGUAAACUGGAGCAUAGUGAUGAACUCAAGUGCCUCGACAAAGCAGCAGUAGUAUCUAACGCCGAGAUUAAAAGUGGUGACUAUUCAAAUUCAUGGAGACUGUGCACUGUAACUCAAGUUGAGGAAUUGAAAAUACUGCUCCGGAUGUUCCCUAUAUGGGCUACUGGCAUAGUUUUCUCUGCCGUUUAUGCUCAGAUGUCUACCAUGUUUGUUGAACAAGGAAUGGUUAUGGAUACAAAAAUCGGUUCUUUCACUAUUCCCCCAGCAUCUCUAUCAACUUUUGAUGUAGUCAGUGUUAUCGUGUGGGUCCCACUGUACGACAGGUUCCUUGUCCCAGCUGCGAGGAAAUUCACUGGUAAAGAAAGAGGAUUUUCAGAGUUGCAGAGAAUGGGUAUUGGUCUUUUCGUCUCAAUACUGUCUAUGGCAGCUGCUGCACUAGUAGAGAUCAAACGACUACAAGUUGCAAGAGAACUGGGUUUGGUGGACCAGAAAGUUGCUGUACCCAUCAGUAUUUUAUGGCAAAUUCCUCAGUACUUCUUGGUGGGAGCUUCUGAAAUUUUCACCUUCAUUGGGCAGCUUGAGUUCUUCUAUGACCAGUCUCCAGAUGCCAUGCGAAGUCUAUGUAGUGCCCUGUCACUACUUACAACUGCUCUUGGAAAUUACCUAAGCUCUUUCAUUUUAACCGUCGUAACAAACCUAACAACUAAAGGUGGAAGCCCUGGAUGGAUACCUGAUAAUCUGAAUGAAGGACGUCUCGAUAACUUCUUCUGGCUUCUUGCUGGUCUUAGUUUCUUAAAUUUGCUUGUUUAUGUGUUAUGUGCUUCAAGGUACAAAAGCAAGAAGGCUUCUUAAAGUAGAACAUAACUCUGGUUUUGGAGAUUGGCUUCUACUGUUCUUCGCAGAAACGCCCACACACACAUAUAUAUGUUGUACAUAAUGCUUCUCUGCAAUUUAAUUCAACUAGGUAAGUUCUGUAACCAUUGAUUCGUAAACUGUCCAAUGGUUUAAACAGGAAUCUCUCUUAUUUCAUGUUUUUAAAUGUUACUUUCGUAACAAUGUGGUAUACUUUAAUUUUUACCUCACAAUCAGUUUUUUACACCAAUUUGUGAAUUGAAAAUGAAAAAAAGUGAAACACAUGGCGUGUCAGUG